GCCUGACAGGCAGUUUCCGUGCGGACAUCUCGGGCGAGCUCUCCGAUUUGUUGAGCUGCAAUUGAGCCCGUAAGCUGAUUGGGUCACAUGGGGGGUAUUUGGGCCUAAAUCUAAUACCCCCAACAUAAGUCUUUCACUACUUAUGUUUCAGGCUUGAUUGAGACAUAAGGAGAAAAUGAGGAAGAUUAAGGGAGUGUUUGUGAUUGCUUGUGCUUUUCAAAAGUGAUUUAUUUAAGAGAUUAGUGGAAAAGUGAUUUGUAGUAAAAAUUGGUAGUGUUUGGGAAUAAAUGUGAUUUUAAUUAAAAUGUAAAAGUUGGUAGUGUUUGGGAAUAUAAAUGAUUUUAAUUAAGAUGUAAAGUUGGAGUUUUGAUAAAAAGAAGUCAUUUUUUUCUGAGUAGAUUGUAAAAGUACUAAAUUACCCUUCCAUAAUUAAAUACUUGCGUCUCUUUCUUAGGCAUAUCUUCCAUCGCAGCAUUCAAAAGCUAACAAGUUGGAGAGCUACGCUAGAGUUUGAAGACGGGGUAAGAAACCAAAAAUUCUUCUAUUCUCAAAAAUAUGUCUCAGUUUUUCUUAAGCGUCUUUAGUAUAUGCUUCUUGUACUGUUUUUCUUCUUGCAUCGUCGAAAGGGAGAGAGCUCUGUCCAUAUUGAAUGGAGGGAUCCAAGGGCCACAGCCAUUUUCAGAUUCCUCUGUUCGGAAAUCGACAGGCAGCGGAAUAUUGGAUUUGUACAGCUAUUUGGUUGCUGAGGAUGGCGCCGACACCCACUUUAGGGAUGAGGAUGGAACGAAGGAUCGAUGUGGCAGAUGGGUAUUUUGGGGGUUAAAUGGAUUUUGUUACCAUUAUAAUUAUCCAAAAAGUUUGAGUUAUUUACAAGAAUACCUAGAAGCAGUUUGAAACUGGAUAACUUUCCAUUUAGGGAAAUGAGAAGAUGAUUUUGGGACGGCCCAAAAAGGAAAGCAAGAAGUUAAUAGCGCGACGGAGGGAGUAGCUCUCAAUGGUGGAGAUCUAAUUUGAAUGUUCGGAUCUUACUCUAGUCAUUAGUCCUGGGUAAAUUGGUGGUAAUAUUCUCUAUUUUUACUAUCCUAACUCCUAUGUACUCCUGAGGAUUGCGGGGAACUUCUCCAACUUUGCUCAGGGACAACAUUAAGACAUACCUUGCGAGAGGGAAAUAGAUGUGCGAACUCACUCGCUAACAUUGCUCACAAUGUUCCAUGUGGCCUAACAAUUCUCCAAUCACCUUCCGAUGACAUUGCUCAGGUCCUCCGGGAAGACACCAACGGGCACUAAACAAUUCGCUGAAUCAACCAAUGCAACCACUUCAGCCAGAACUUCAUAAAUUUCGGCAGAAUCAGCCAAAUCAGCCGAUUUUCGUGCUAACAAACAGGCUCUACAUCUUGGGGUGAACCUUAGAAUUUCUACAAUAAAUAAAUUACAAUCAAUCAUCGCACCAAAUCUCUCUUGAAAACCAUAAAGAGUGAAUUGAAAAACGUGAGGACAUGGAUAAAUUUGAAAAAUAUGGGUUCAAUCCAAAAUGCUCGCACAUUGUAGCCGUGUGGAAGAACGCGGGAUUAACAAGGCUGGGAGGGAGUAUCUGGAAAUCACACAAUGAUGUGGUGUGGAAACAAGAGGCCCUCUCGAUUCCACGGGUGAAGAGAGUUGCUCUUUCAACACCCAAACAAGUGGGAAUAGAUCGGACAGAUUAAUGGCUAGAGAUAGCGAGAGAUAAUUCAUUGAGCUCGCUGGCGGAAUGUGAAGGCGAUUUGGUGACCGAUUGAGGCAGAUGCUUUAGGAGUUAGAGAAGGCAUCUUAGGGUUUUGCUCAGUGGAGACAAAAUGUGUACACCUUUUUUGUACACUUGUCUAUCUCAAGCAGACAAGUGUACAAAAAAGGUGUAUACAUUUUGUGUACACCACGCAUUUGUGGGCAUCUUAUGGGCCAAAGUCAGUGGUUGGGUCAACGUGAUAGUGGAAACUGAUGCGUCUCUAGUCCUAGACGACAUACAAAGUAGCCCUAACGUUUCUCAAGUGGGAAUAAUUUUCAAAGAUAUUAAGUCACUUUUAAGAGAGGAUCUGAAUAUAUCAGUCCAAUGAUGCAGAAGGUCAACUAAUCAUGUGGUUCAUGUUUUUAUCAAAACAGUUGUUUCUAUGUAGUUGUUGAUUUUGAGCCUCAUAUAAUUGUAAGCCAUUUAGUAAA